GGCGGCGGCGGCCCCGGGCGCUGAGCGGGUGCCCGGCGCGGAGAGCGGCGAGCGCAGCCAUGCCCCAGGCCGCCUCCGGGGCAGCAGCAGCGGCGGCCGGGGCCGAGGCGCGGGCCGGGGGCGCCGGGGGGCCGGCGGCGGCCCGGGCGGGACGAUGAAGCGGCAGAACGUGCGCACGCUGGCGCUCAUCGUGUGCACCUUCACCUACCUGCUGGUGGGCGCCGCGGUCUUCGACGCGCUGGAGUCGGAGCCCGAGCUGAUCGAGCGGCAGCGGCUGGAGCUGCGGCAGCAGGAGCUGCGGGCGCGCUACAACCUCAGCCAGGGCGGCUACGAGGAGCUGGAGCGCGUCGUGCUGCGCCUCAAGCCGCACAAGGCCGGCGUGCAGUGGCGCUUCGCCGGCUCCUUCUACUUCGCCAUCACCGUCAUCACCACCAUCGGCUACGGGCACGCGGCGCCCAGCACGGAUGGCGGCAAGGUGUUCUGCAUGUUCUACGCGCUGCUGGGCAUCCCGCUCACGCUCGUCAUGUUCCAGAGCCUGGGCGAGCGCAUCAACACCUUGGUGAGGUACCUGCUGCACCGCGCCAAGAAGGGGCUGGGCAUGCGGCGCGCCGACGUGUCCAUGGCCAACAUGGUGCUCAUCGGCUUCUUCUCGUGCAUCAGCACGCUGUGCAUCGGCGCCGCCGCCUUCUCCCACUACGAGCACUGGACCUUCUUCCAGGCCUACUACUACUGCUUCAUCACGCUCACCACCAUCGGCUUCGGCGACUACGUGGCGCUGCAGAAGGACCAGGCCCUGCAGACGCAGCCGCAGUACGUGGCCUUCAGCUUCGUCUACAUCCUUACGGGCCUCACGGUCAUCGGCGCCUUCCUCAACCUCGUGGUGCUGCGCUUCAUGACCAUGAACGCCGAGGACGAGAAGCGCGACGCCGAGCACCGCGCGCUGCUCACGCGCAACGGGCAGGCGGGCGGCGGCGGAGGGAGUGGCAGCGCGCACACUACGGACACCGCCUCAUCCACGGCGGCAGCGGGCGGCGGCGGCUUCCGCAACGUCUACGCGGAGGUGCUGCACUUCCAGUCCAUGUGCUCGUGCCUGUGGUACAAGAGCCGCGAGAAGCUGCAGUACUCCAUCCCCAUGAUCAUCCCGCGGGACCUCUCCACGUCCGACACGUGCGUGGAGCAGAGCCACUCGUCGCCGGGAGGGGGCGGCCGCUACAGCGACACGCCCUCGCGACGCUGCCUGUGCAGCGGGGCGCCACGCUCCGCCAUCAGCUCGGUGUCCACGGGUCUGCACAGCCUGUCCACCUUCCGCGGACUCAUGAAGCGCAGGAGCUCCGUGUGACUGCCCCGAGGGGCCUGGAGCACCUGGGGGCGCGGGCGGGGGACCCCUGCUGGGAGGCCAGGAGACUGCCCCUGCUGCCUUCUGCCCAGUGGGACCCCGCACAACAUCCCUCACCACUCUCCCCCAGCACCCCCAUCUCCGACUGUGCCUGCUUGCACCAGCCGGCAGGAGGCCGGGCUCUGAGGACCCCUGGGGCCCCCAUCGGAGCCCUGCAAAUUCCGAGAAAUGUGAAACUUGGUGGGGUCAGGGAGGAAAGGCAGAAGCUGGGAGCCUCCCUUCCCUUUGAAAAUCUAAGAAGCUCCCAGUCCUCAGAGACCCUGCUGGUACCCAGACCCCCACCUUCGGAGGGGACUUCAUGUUCCGUGUACGUUUGCAUCUCUAUUUAUACCUCUGUCCUGCUAGGUCUCCCACCUUCCCUUGGUUCCAAAAGCCAGGGUGUCUUUGUCCAAGUCACCCCUACUCAGCCCCACUCCCUUUCCUCAUCCCCAGCUGUGUCUCCCAACCUCCCUUCGUGUUGUUUUGCAUGGCUUUGCAGUUAUGGAGAAAGUGGAAACCCAGCAGUCCCUAAAGCUGGUCCCCAGAAAGCAGGACAGAAAGAAGGAGGGACAGGCAGGCAGCAGGAGGGGCGAGCUGGGAGGCAGGAGGCAGCGGCCUGUCAGUCUGCAGAAUGGUCGCACUGGAGGUUCAAGCUAACUGGCCUCCAGCCACAUUCUCAUAGCAGGUAGGACUUCAGCCUUCCAGACACUGCCCUUAGAAUCUGGAACAGAAGACUUCAGACUCACCAUAAUUGCUGAUAAUUACCUACUCUUAAAUUUGUCGAGUGAUUUUUAGCCUCUGAAAACUCUAUGCUGGCCACUGAUUCCUUUGAGUCUCACAAAACCCUACUUAGGUCAUCAGGGCAGGAGUUCUCACUCCCAUUUUACAGAUGAGAAUACUGAGGCCUGGACAGGUGAAGUGACCAGAGAGCAAAAGGCAAAGGGGUGGGGGCUGGGUGCAGUGGCUCACACCUGUAUUCCCAACACUUUUGGAGGCUGAGGUUAGAGGAUUGCUUGAGCCCAGGAAUUCGAGACCAGCCUAGGCGACAUAGUGAGACCCCAUCUCUACAAAAAAUAAAAAAUUUACCAGGUGUGGUGGCACGUGCCUGGGAGUCCCAGCGACUUGGGAGGCUGAGGUGGGAGGAUUGUUUGAGCCUGGGAGGUCAAGGCUGUAGUGAGCCCUGAUUACACCACUGUACUCCAGCCUGGGUGACAGGGCAAGACCCUGUCUCAAAAAAAAAAAAAAAAUGGCAAAGGGAGACAAGAGCCCAGCCUACUUGUUCCUAGCCAAAGUGUUCUUUCCUUCCAGCUUGGCCUGCUCUUAAAAGCAAAGCUCCUGCAGUGUACAUCCUGGCAUUGUGUGGCUACCUGGGUUUUAAACCAGAAUCAGAAGUCCCGGGUCAGAGGGCACUGCUGAGGCUCAGCCUCUUCUCUUCUUGGCCAGGAGGCAGCAGCUCUGAAUGGGCCCCUGAGGCUGCACAGGGGCCUUUGUCACUGGGGUGCAUGCUUACAAACAGUGCAGUUCUUGGCACCGAGGUAAGCAGGGCUGGGUCUCAUGGCAGAAAGGCCAGGAUCUGGGGCUCUAGGAAUUUGGGAAUUGGGCAGAGUGGCCAAGAAAGCUGGCAGGCAUAUCCUAUGGGACAUCACACCUGGCACCAUUGUCAUUGUUGGUGCCUGUGUCCCAAGUAGCUAGUGAUAAGCUGAGGCUGCAGCAAGAAACACCCUUCCCAGGUGGGGGAGUUUGGACCAGAGGUGCCCUCUGCCCACCACACCUGCAACCCAGAAGCCCAGAUGGAACGCAGCUGAUGAAGGUGAUGCUUGAGGCUCACUUUUGGGGCCCCACAGCUGGAGCCGGUAUAGUGACUGGGACAACAUCAAGGGGUGGAUGAGGGGCCUCUCCUCCCGCAACACUGCCUUCCCAUGCUGUUCCCCUGCCAGCUCCUUAACACUGCCGACCAAGGCCAGACCUGGCAUUCAGGAAAGUUGGAGGGCAGCACCCAUAGGGUGGCCAGCCUCAGGCCCCACCCCAGCUGUGUCCUCUAGUCUCUGGGGACCCCUGGGGGGAAGAAGUCUACCCUGCUUGUGAGUCCCAUCUCAGUGUGGAGGAACUGGCUGCACGUGGGACCUGAAGGUGCCCUCUGUGUUUAUGUUGGGGGUGGGGGGGCAGUGCUGGCUGCCUCUGUCCUGUGUGUGACCCUGCCCUCGAAGGGUCCUGUCCUGUCAGUCCCGAGGGAGCCACAACCAAAGCUGCGGAGAGAAGGUGGGGAACGGUGCGGAGUGGCCGUGGGGCACAGCGUGGCAGACUGUUCAGUCUCUGCUGGGUCUUUCCUAGGGACCUGGAAGGCCAGUGUUGCUUCCCCCUCACUCCCUUUCACUGCAGGCAGCCUCUCUCCUUCCCCAAUGCCUUAUGCCUGGGCACACUGCCACAGAAUAUGCAAUAUGUGUGGGUGACGAUGCCCUCACGACCACACCCCCACCCCGGGCAGCCCCCGGACUCCAAAGGUCGUGGCUGCCACAGCCUCCCUCAGCUCUUCCUGCCUAUCUGUCUUCACACUGAGAAUGGCGCCCAAUAAAUGCUAUCCACGGAGACCAGG